AUCCAAGAAACCAUCCAGUCAAGUCAAGCACAAGUAAAGCUAACAGAGAGUGAGACCAUGAAGACAAGUUGUGGCUCCUAAACUUCCAGUUCAACAACUUGUGACAUAAAAUGGGUCCACUGCUAAUCACAAGGAUGCUGAGACUGUCUCUGUGAAGGCUUCAACAAACCCAGACCCAGUUUUUAGGGGAUAUUUUUUCUUCCUGUUUCUUUGUUGUUUUUCCCUCUUUUGCAAACACAUCCCUCCGAAUCUUUGCCCUGAUUAUAGCCUCUAUUCAACAUCAUUUCUUUGCACUGACAUCAUGCAGCCUGCUUCUGGAGCCUCUACUCUCCUCCCUAUUUUUCUUCCCUGCAUACUAUUCUUCUCCUGUUUCCCCGACAUGGCCAGUGGGGACUGCUGGCUUAUUGAGGGGGACAAAGGCUACGUUUGGCUAGCUAUAUGCAGUCAGAACCAGCCACCCUAUGAGACUAUACCCCAGCACAUCAACAACACAGUCCAUGACCUGAGGUUGAACGAGAACAAGCUGAAAGUGGUGCUUUUCAGUAACAUGUACCGCUUCACAAACCUGACUGACCUAAACCUCACCAAGAAUGAAAUCAGCUAUGUUGAGGAUGGAGCCUUUGCAGCACAAGCCAAUCUACAGGUUCUUCAGCUGGGCUACAACAAGUUGACAAAUUUAACUGAAGCUAUGAUGAGAGGGCUUGGACGCCUGCAAAACCUCUUCCUUCAGCACAACAUGAUUGAAGUCAUUGCCAACAAUGCGUUCUGGGAGUGCCCUAGCCUCAGCAGCAUUGACUUGACAUCCAACAAACUCACUCGCAUUGACCCGUCCACAUUCACAGUUCUUAGUCGUCUGUUGGUGUGUGAACUGGCUGCGAACCCUUUCCACUGUGGCUGUGACCUGUAUGGCUUCCUCACCUGGUUAGAAUACUUCAACAAUGUGUCACAUACCUAUGAUCGCCUUCAGUGUGAGACACCCCGAGAAAUGUUUGGCUACCCCUUACUAAGUCCUUUUGCUUCUGGCCACGGUGGUCGAAAUGCCAAAAACAUUCUGUUCCACCAUUGCAAAGAUGGUGUGAUGAUCCCAGGAAUGACUUCUCUCCCACCAGACCAGGAUGGCCCUUCUGGGAUUGGACCGGAGAUGUUUCCUUUUUACCUCCAGCCCACCACCUCGCCCUCAUCUGCUGAUGACGGUGUCAGUCCCAGCAUCAAGCUCCAUCAUGUUUCAUUUUCCACAGCCUCUCUCAUUGUGAAGAUUCCAAAGCCUUUCAGCAAAAUGUACAUCCUCACACAGAACAAUAACACGUUUGUAUCCGAUGUCAUGAAUUUGAAAAACAAGAAGGAGUUGAUCAAACUCCAGAAGCUCAAGCCUAACAACAAUUAUACCUUCUGCGUAGCCUCCAUCCGCAACUCACAGCGUUAUAACCACACCUGUCUCCAGUUUUCCACUCGGGGGCAAAAUUCGGAUGAUUUGAUUCCCACAUCUUCAACCACUACACACUACAUAAUGACCAUUGUCGGCUGCCUUUUUGGUAUGCUUAUUAUUUUAGGAAUUGUCUACUACUGUCUACGCAAGAAGCGGAUGCAUGAUGAGAAGAAGAAGUCCAUCUGUGUCAAGAAAACUAUACUGGAAAUGCGUUACGGGCCUGAGGUGGCAGCAGCAGUAGCGAAUGAUCCGUCGGCAGUCCAUAAGCUUCAGGAGCAGUCCAGAGAACACCAUCAGUAUCAACACCACCAUGGAGGAAAAAUGUCCACCUCCUCAAGCUCUGGCAUGCUCCACUCAGCCAACACCACCUCCUCAAGGCUCUCUGCUAUCCCUCAAGUAGAAAAGAUAGCAAGUGCUUUCUCAGAAGCCAUGGCUACAGGCAAAGGAAACUAUAUGGAUGUAAGAACUGGAGGAGCGGGAAUGGACAGAGUGGGAGAUGGUGGGCAUGGAGGGAGGAGGGGGGAUGACAUGCGUGACGAUGAUGGAACUGACCUCGGCGAUGACUCGGAUGAUGACGGUCGUGGCUCUGCCUCAGAGAUCUCCACCAUUGCCAUGGAGGUAGACAAAGUGAACCAGAUCAUUAACAACUGUAUUGAUGCUCUGAAGCUGGACGCAGCAGCUGUUGCUGCUUCAGGCACUUCAAACAACCCCACUGCUUCCUCUAAUCCCACCUCCCCUCCACCCACCAGCACGUCCUCGCUUACUCGUGGCCUAAUCCCCCUUUCAACUGGCCUGGCGGAGUCAUGCCAGAGUCAUGCUCCCAAUAAAAUACCGCCUCCUCCACCCCUUCCUGCAUUAAAUACCCCUCUCUCUGAACGUCCAGGCAUCAGUGGUGGUGGUUUUGUUGUUUCUCCUCCGUAUAGGCAUCCUCCUCCAGCUACUGCUGCACGUCCCAUUCAGAGGCAAAUGAGUGCAGAUGCAGCUGCUGUGAUGGCAAAUGCUGUCAAGAAGCAGAGCAGCACCACGUCUUGUGGAUCCGUGGGUCGAGACAGGGACCGAGGAGCAGCUAGGGUGUACAGCCUAGAUGUUCCUGAACCAAGGAGUCCUGAUCCCUGUAGUCAGCAGCAGCUGCAGUUCCCAGACCGAGCCAGUCCUGUGGGCUGUGGGGAGCCUCUGGAGAGGUUACCUUUAGUGGGGAGUGGAGGCUGUGGUGGAGGGGGUGGUGGCGGUUGCGACAGUGGUGGUGUUGGUGCCCAACAUCAGGACAACCAGAAGUCGCACCACUACCAUCAGCAGCAGCAAAUACAGCAGCAGCAGCAGCUGGAGGUGCAGCAGGACUACCACUGCUCGGAGCACCGCCACUCCGUCCCAGCUCUCUACUACCAAGGGUCGCACCAGGGCUCCCCUGCCCAAAGAGUGUCUUUUCUAAAACCUUUGACGCGCUCCCGCAGGGACGCAGCCUCCUAUUCCCAGCUUUCGCCUGCUCGCCACCACUCCAGUUACUCGGGGUACUCCUCUAGUCCAGAGUACUCCUCAGAGAGCUCGCUGCGGAUCUGGGAGCGUUUUCGUCCAUACCGAAAAGGCCCGCGUGACGAGUCCUGUUACGUGACGGCCGGAAAUGCUCUUCGAAAGAAGGUGCAGUUUGCUAAAGGCGAGGACCUACAUGACAUUCUUGAUUAUUGGAAGGGUGUAUCUGCUCAGCAGAAGUUGUGACUGGGAAUCAGAGUUGAGCAGCGUGUGAAAAAGAGUUAUAGUACUUCUUUUCCUGAUCAGCCCAUGGGCCAGUGAAACRAUUUGAAGUUUAUAAAGAAGAAAAUGUAGGUCAAAUUUUGCCUUUGGGGAUUUUUUCUUUUAUUUUUUUGGCAUGCUAGGUGUAUAGAAUAUUGUGCUUAAAGCAAGAACUUUAAAACUGUGCCUGGGAUCGGAGAGUCAUUACAGUGUUUUGUUUUACACUUCUUGGUAGCACUUUUACAUUCUUAAUUAGUGUUGUGGGUUUUCUUUAUUAUACAGGGAACAAAUGCCAACUUUGUAAUUUAGUACUUUUUGAUCUUAUCAUGCUCUGUGAUGCUAUUUUUUAUUUUACCAGUGCCAUGUUUCAUCUCAAGCUUAAAGCUUGUUUGAUCCAAGGUGUUACCCAUUGUGUGUUGGAUUCCACAUCCAUUUGCAGCUUCUAAAAGAAGAGUGAAUUUGACAGGAUGGGUUAGGUGGAAUCAGUGCUCUGUAAUAAUUGACGGCAGUUAACUGGGUACAGUUUGCCUGUUUCUCUGUCCAGACACCUUGUAAGGCUGAGGUGUUUUUUCAUCACCAAAGCUUUUGCUUGUAAAAAUAAAUUGAAAGUAAACAAGUUUUCAUUAAAUGAGCGAUAAGAAACAAGACAAACAAGGUUUAGAUUGCGUAACAGGAAAGGAAUGAUGAGAUAUAAAUAUUUGAAAAAAGAUAGAAUUUCUUCCAGAGUGUGAUUAAAGAAUGAGAUAUGGCCUUUUCAAAUUUGUGGCCAUAUUUGGAACCAAAUACCAGAAAAUUUAGUUAAGAAUAUUUUCCCUGAAAGGGAAAAGUCUAGAUCUCUUGAAGUGGGUUUUUAUGAGAAAGAUAUGAACAAGAUAUAUUUUACAAAUUGUAGAUUGCUCUUUGAAGACCUGCAGUUUGGAGAAAUGAACUUCAAUUCUGACUGAAUAAAGGAGCUAAAUGCUAAUAUGAAUGGGUCAAAUCUCAGAUUGUUGCCAACUUAAACCAACUCUAAUUUAAAAAAUCAGUUCAGCAAAUUCAAUUAGACUUUAUACUCAACCAUUUGUUUUGCAUUAGUUACUUAUUUCAGAAGAAAUAAUAUUAUGUCCCCGAAGAAGUGUCCCAUGCUGCAGAAGAAGUGCUACAGCUACCUGCUGCUGCUGUUUGUGUUUGCACAAAAAACAUAGAAAUGUAAAUAAUCAUCAGUGAUAGCGAUUUAAAGGUUUAUAAGUAGUUUUUUUUUAGACUGGAGUUGUCUCAAAAUGGCAGCAAUUUGAUUUGGUCUUGGUCCCGCUUGGACCACCUGUUAGCUCAUCAGUCCAGAGUUAACUACAACAGGUUAGAUAUUCAUUGUUCACAUUCUUUCCCACAAAACUGCAUUUCAAAAGUUCCAACAUGUCUCUAUAAGUGAUACUUAUCAUUGUAAUUUAAUUGCAUACUUACAACAGUAAUGAAUCAGCUUCUAGUGUAUGCCUUUACAACAAAUCUACAAGAAAUGUAAAAUACAAAAUAUAUGGCAUUGACCAAAAGUAAACAAAAGCAGUAGAAAGAGGGGUGGAAAAGAAACAAUCAGAGUGAUACAUUUAAUUGUGUCUACAGUGAAUGUAGGUGAAUCCAAAACUUACUAUGGGGAGAUCUGUUGUCAUUGUUUUGAAACAAGUACCACGGUACAUUCCAAAUCCUUUCUCUAACYUUAAAAAUGAACGAGGCACAGUGGAGAAAGGACACUUUUGAUUACUGCCAAUGUGUCUGCUCGUUUCUGGAAAUCAAUACUAUUUUUGUCUAUAACUGACCUAAUUAACUAACUUGUGACGGGCAUGUCCACUUACACUUUAUGCCUCAUAAUUGUGUGUGUAACUGUUUGGUACACAGUGGUCAUUGUAAGCAGGUGUUGGCAUGCCGUGUCGGAAUAUCUUGUAUAUGCCCAAACUGACAUAAAUUAUUAUUUGUUGGUAUUUUGCCCUGUGGCUGGUUGUCUGAGUCUGAACAAUGCUAGAUUAUUAACGGCAUGUACAAAUGUACAGAUGUCAUACAUGUUCAUUGAAAUUGUUACUGAAAUGUGACGAUCCACAAAUCUACAGCUCUUCUUGCUAACACAGCCAUUUCUUUGUCAUUUUCUUAAUUAUUUUGUAUAGGAACAUUGCCCUUUUUUUGCUUUUUCUUUUGAAGUAAUCUACUUAUCAUAUCCCUGUAUGAUGUGUCAUCAACAUUUGGACUUCCUGUCAUCGGAGAAAUCCAAUCCUCAAAAAGUGAAUGUUUAAUUUGUGGCCAUGGCUUCCCAUUUCACUUCAAAGCUGCCUUGUAAAGGGAACAUUUUAAACUUUUUCUCCAAUAUUCACUUGGUUUUCAGACCUUCCCUGCUCCCACAGGUCCAAUAAGGUGACAAUAUGUGAGCAGGAUGCUGAACUGAGCAUGCUCUGAAUGUACUAAAUUGGAAACAGAAUAAAACAUUUUUUGAGGGAGGACACGAGGUCACGACAUAUAUCAGCAUUUUAGGUCUUAGCUUCGGUUGCUGAUUUUUAGCACAUUAUUUAAUCUUGGAAGUGAAGGAAAAGGUGAGUGGGACGUAUGUAAAAGUAUGUUGAUGUAACUCAGAAAUUAUUUAUUUUUUCCUUUUGUUUGUUAAACACAUUUCCUGAUUUUUUUCCCCAUUCUGUAAAAACAUGCAUAUUCAGAGUCAGAGUUUACAUCAUGAUCCACCUUGGAAAUUGUAAGUUUCUGUCAUCUAAGAUCUCAAUUAUUUUCACUUGAAAAGGAAACUUUCACCAGAUCUUGGAAGUUUUGGAAUUAGAUUUUUAUUCUAUUUAUUUAUUAUUUUUUAUUUCUACAAGCAUCUAAUCAAACAGAAGAAACAUGGUGCAUUAAACCCAAAACAGUCUCAACUGCCAUUACAAGUUUACAGAAACCAACACUGAGUUUAAUCCAGUUCGAUCAUCAUUCCAUUCAUUUUCAUCGACCUGAAAAAAUAUACAGUCAAAUGAAUGAAAACAUUGUUUGUUACUAUUUUCAUGGAUGAUUUCCUUUUCUCAUAUUUCUAUUUUUAUAUGCACAUUUUGCUUAUCUGUGUGUUUUAUCAGGAAAUAGACAUUCAGGUGAUAGACGCUCAACUGCUCUUCUGCUCAGACUUCAUUGAAAAGAUUUGAAGGGACCACUGAGGGCACUUUAAAUUUGAUGUGAGUGGAUAGUAUUUUCCAAAGUAAUUUCAAGAUUCAUAAAUAUAACUUUAAGAAUGACCUGAAGGACUUUAUAAUGUUUAUUUCAUGUUGCACAAACUAUAUUUGAUGUUUUAAACUAAAUUGUUCAAUUUAUUGUCCCUGGAUUUAAAGGGUGGCUGUCAAAAUUAUUAUUGUUUUUGAUUCGUUAAAAAUACCAAAUAUAGGAGCUACAAGCAGAUGCCACUCUAAAAUCUCUCAAUGAUGCAUGCCUGGAGCUGUUUUGUCCCUGAAAAAUAACGUCACUGAGAGAAAAUAACGUCAGCCCARGUCCUCACAAUCUCCAGAAGAGUGGCCUGCAUAGAGAAGGACGGUGGUUUUUGUAGCACCAUCCGUGUUUGUCUCAAAACCACAGAGARGCGAGAUGACGCUUGUUGAGUUAUUAAUGUUGAAUAGUUUUGUCAGGGACGGCCUUGGUUUACUUAAUGAUGUCUGGAUGUUAUAAAAAAAAAACUACCAGACAUCUUUCAGUUUCAGCCUUUUAUCAUUGAAAAACGACAACUAAUAAACAGGUUUGGUGCAGCUGAAAAAUAAAUGUAUCUGCAUCACGUUAAAAUAKCAAGUUCAUGUCUGCUUAUUUGCUGGUUUUAUGAAUACGCCUUUUGUUGUUUCUGUUAGAAAUAUUCAUAUUUAUUUUGAAAGGAAUUGUGUACGAGAAGCCGAAUGUUAAAUGUUAACAUGUUAAAAUAGAGACUAAAUGAAACUGAUAUCAAAGUAUAAAAUACAAAACUUCAGUUAAUCAAAAGUGUGAAAAAUCCUAUUUCUUUCAUAUUUCAUUGAUACAUUAUUUUUUUCUUAGUGUAAUCAAAGUCUGUAGUUCAGCUUAUUUCUCAAACUGGGGUUUAUUGCCUUAAGUGAACAUUGUAUUCAUGUGAGUAAUCCUUACAUCGCUCUCAGUCCCAGUCAAAAAGCUCCUAUAUGAGAAAUCAUCAUUUCCAGGUAAUCUGUGAAUGUCUGACGUAUCAGAGUGACUUUUUUUUUUAUCAUUGAUCUUCCUUUUCCUCUUUUUCUUCGCCAUAAAAGAAGAACAGACGAUGAAAACACAAUGAACAGUCAGGAUGAUUCACAUGUUGACUAAGUUGAAAUUACCUUUUUUUUCCCUGUGAGGCAGGUAAUGUUCAAGGUCCUCUGGGGAAAGGCCAUGAAGCAGAAAUGUGGCUGAAUGCAGGCGGAUGAUGGAGGAUGUGAACGCAUGGCAUCACUAAACCUUUUCCAUGCAUGACUCAGUGCAUCGCUUCAGAUCAGCUGCUACACAGACGUGGUCGUAUGACGGGAUAAGGACAGAUUCAGGAAAGCCAACAAUUAAAAGCAGCUCUUAUUCAGAAACUGUCAGAGGGACAUCUUUGUUUGCACUUAAUAAUAAAGCAGGUGCCAAUGCUGACAGCUGGCUGGAAAGCCUUUUAUUUGAUAMCUUUAGUCUUUUUGUCUCUCAGGCUCAUGUGAGGGAAAUUAGCUUGAGUGGAUAAUGUGCCAUAUUUGAUUAGUGAAAACUGUCUUUUCAUAAAAACCACAGAAUGGCUUUAACGUAUGCCUAUUUUUAUUUUUUUUUUCUGUUUCUCGGAUGAGAAGCUGUUUUUAAUUAAGUCAGCUGAGACAAAUGAAACGUCCUAAUUCGGCUGAUUUCUUGUUCAUCAUUCUUACGGGCUGAGCACUGCCGUUGAUUUUUUUUUUCGACUGCCAUGUCGUAAAAAAACUAAAAACUUUUAUCAUGCUCAAAGCUUUCACUUCCUUUUAUAGUUGUCAGAAAAUUGCAUUAGGCUUCAUAUGUUACCGUCACGCAAUCUAGUUUCUGAGCAGAAGAGUAGUUGUUAAUCCCGUCACUGAGCUGAGUUGGGCUAAAGGUUUGCCACCUGAUUGGACCCAAUUUCCAAAGAUGGUACAAAAGACUUAAUCUGUGAAAUAUCUGUGAAUUUUGUAUACAAGAUUUAAAAUAAAAAAGACUAAUAAUGUCAGUGUUAAAUACUUCUAUCAAUGUUUUUUUUUACUCAGCCUGAUCUCUUGGUUUGUCUGUGUGCUUAUUGGUUUUCAGCUGUUUAACUUGUUUUUAGGGGGAAAUCCAGGGAUCAACCUUAAAUAUUUGCAAAGGAUUAUGAACAGAGAAAGCUUAACUUCGUGUACUACAUUAAAGAAAAAAAAACAAUGUUA